CUACCUUGUUCCCACAAUGCACCGCGAAGUCUUUGUGUUGGUGUUCCACCAUAUCUGACAGACGACGAAUACACAAACGAUGAAAAAUGGAAAAUCGUGAGGGUUUACCACACUAGACGAUUGUAGUUCUCUUUAUCAGUCACUUUAUACUCAAAGUACAAUAUGUCUAGCGCUAAAACAGAGUUUCAUGUCGCCGGGAAAUACCGACUUGUUAGAAAAAUCGGUAGUGGAUCUUUCGGUGACAUCUAUCUUGCCAUCAACAUUUCAAGUGGAGAGGAAGUGGCUGCUAAAUUGGAAGCAAAUAAAGCCAGACAUCCACAGUUGUUGUAUGAAAGUAAGCUAUAUAAAAUAUUACAAGGUGGCGCUGGUAUACCACAUGUAAGAUGGUUUGGACAGGAGAAGGACUACAAUGUUUUAGUGAUGGACUUGCUGGGGCCAAGUCUGGAAGAUCUGUUCAACUUUUGCUCACGGAAAUUCACGAUGAAAACAGUUCUAAUGCUAGCAGAUCAGAUGAUCAACCGUGUAGAGUAUGUUCACAACAAGAACUUCAUUCACAGAGACAUCAAGCCCGACAACUUCCUCAUGGGUAUUGGGAGACAUUGUAACAAGGUGUUUAUCAUAGACUUUGGCUUAGCUAAAAAGUACCGAGACAAUCGCUCCAGACAGCACAUACCUUACCGAGAAGACAAGAACCUGACAGGCACUGCUCGCUAUGCCAGUAUCAAUGCCCAUCUGGGUAUAGAACAGAGUCGUCGGGAUGACAUGGAGUCUCUUGGCUAUGUCCUCAUGUACUUCAAUAGGGGAUCUUUACCAUGGCAAGGGCUGAGAGCUGCCACAAAGAAGCAGAAAUAUGAGAAAAUUAGUGAAAAGAAGAUGUCAACGCCAGUCGAAGUCCUCUGUAAGGGUUUUCCAGCUGAGUUUGCCAUGUACUUGAACUACUGCCGAGGCCUACGUUUUGAAGAGGCUCCUGACUACAUGUACCUGCGACAACUGUUUCGGAUCCUGUUCCGGACACUCAACCAUCAGUACGACUACGUGUUUGACUGGACAAUGUUGAAGCAGAAAGCCUCCCACCAGGCAACACAACAACAGAUUACUUCUACUGCGAAGUGAAUGGACGUUGCGGAUAUACCAGGCAGCAUUGUCCCGAGGCUUAACUCACUACCACCCACCUCAAGUCAUGUGUGUGUGGUUUGAACAGUUUCAUCAUAAACAAGUGGAUGUAUAUUGAUGUCUGAGAGAAAAACUGUCGAUACCAACAUAGUCGGCCGAUCAACUUAUCAUCUACCAACCCUGUUUUCUCACAUAGAUUCAUCUUUCCGUUACCAGAGGGGUUUUCACACAGAGUAUCAGCUCUUGUUUUUUGUUAUUUGAGUUAUUUUGUAGUGUGCUAAUUGAUUGUUGAAACUGCAUAGUCUUAUUAAACCGAGGCAUGACAUUAACUAUAGGAAAGCUAGAUAAUCAGGUUUCUUAAUUUUGCUAUCAGGAGCAAAUUUGUUUAUUGGUGAGGCAGCUUGUUGACCAAAUUCUGGAGGAGAAAAUGUAUCUUGAAAAUGCUGUGACGAGACACAAGUUGAAAGAUGAGUGAAUUUGAAAGUGCAAAUUUUUGCUAUUUAUUGAAAAUUCUUUGUAUUUGUGUUUGUCGUGUUUGGAAUAACAGGUAUGUCAGAUUGAAGGGCUGAAACUCAUCAGUCAUAUUCCUUGUAAAUCAAGUUGGCAUUCUUUGUCCACUUUUUCUUUAUCAUACAUAGUUUGAAACACACACUAACUACACUAACUUAAGAUGUGUAUUGGCGAUAUUAACACACUUUAACAAGAAAUCCUUUAUCUUCACAAAUACAAGGGUGGGUGAUUUGAUUGUUUAGUUCUGUACAUAUGCAAGAAAUUAUAAUUAAAAAUGUCACAAGUACUUUUUGUUUAUAGUGUAUCAUAAUGAAGCUUAUUUGACUUCACCUUUUCCUUAGAUUGAAAAUAGAAUUUGGUUACUUAGGACUUGGAAAACAAUGAGAAGAUUGUUGGGAUUAAAAAUUCAAUAUUUUAACAUUUCUUCCCCACCCCCAUCUCUGUUGUGAGUCAAUGUCCCAUGUCAGCCAUCUACAUGUACCUGAACCAUCCAUCAGAUCAACAUGGGUUUGAAGUCACCAUCAUAAGGUGGGUAUUAUCAGUAAUAUGGCAAUUCACUCAAGUCCUUUGUCAUUGAUACCAAAACAAAGUCUCUUUCUCUUUCCUUUUACAAUGUACAGUUAUGUAUUUAACUUGUUGAAUUUUACCAGUCAUUGUUAUGUAUUUUGUGUGUAAUAUAUUUGUAUAUUAUUUUAAAUAUUGAGUUUGGUUGGAUGUUGCUGUAAAUAUUUCUAGAGUAGGUGCAGACGUUUUUUUUGGGCAAGUUUGACACUGGGAUGAAAGGGAUGUACUGGAACAACACAUCUGUAGAGGACGCCUGUAUGUAAGAUUAUUAUGCUGUUAGCACAGGCUCAUCUGCCAUGGAUGCUGAUCAUAUAGCAAACAGGAACUGUAUGGUUGUGAAACAAGGAAUGGAACCAACAUUUAUUGACUACUCACAUUUCCUGUACAAGCAAGGUGUAUUGACAUACUACUGGCAUGCUUUUGACAGUUGUACAAAGGCCCAUCAAUUGCACUGGUGGAAAAAUGACCACUUUGUCUCUGGGAAGCAUCCAUGGAAGGAGGUCUGAUGCGUAUGUGUUAUUCCUGUGUUGCCAAUGCUGAGCUAUUAUUGUGGAUUAGAUAUACCAGGGAUACUGAAUAAUCUUUUUGUAUGUGUGUAAAUAUUUCUUGGUUUGUCAAGUGAGUCACUUGGCGGAGUGACAUUUAUGUGUAAGAUACAUAGUAUGGAUUUGUGUUCUAAAAUAUUUUGGAGUACUGUUUGAAGAUGUAUGUAUCUAAAUGUCUCUAAUGCUAGCUGUAAUAUACUCUUGAGUGUCUUUUGUAAGUAUACAUAUAGAGCUGCAAGUACAAAAUCAAAGAGUGAAAUGCUUGUUCAGAUAACCCCUGGAUUCUCCUUAGUUACUAACAACCGCCUGUAGAAUCAGGGAGCUGUGAAUGUCUGCCUUCCACGCAGCUGAACCUGAGGUCAUUAAACAGGUCUACAUUUUGUCAUUUGUUUUCCUUUUGAAGAAAUGCGUAAAAUGAUCUUUACACUACCUCAAAGGUUGUUGAAAUAAUAUCUUAUUCUGUCAAUAUCCUCCAGUUCCUCUUCAAUGACCUCAGGUAUCACAUCAUGUGAGAUGUCAUACUACAUUUUGCUUCUGUUCUGACAAUUUGAUGCAGCCUCAAAUUGAGCCAGUCAGUGUUGGAGAGUUUGUGAUUUCCUUUUAUGGUUCGAACACUAUCCAAAGUAAUCAUGUCAAAUGUUUCAUGUUAUGAGAAAACAUGAUUUGAACCUGCAAUGACGAUCACUUCCACCCAAGUAUUGAACUGGCAUUAUAACAUAAUUUUGAAGGUUGAAAUGUUAAAGCAGUCUGAUGAACUUUAUUUUAUCAGAAAAAAACCAACAGUGUAAUAUUGUUAUUUUAAGGUUGCAGCUAUCAUUGAAUUUGAUAAAUAAAUGAUUGAUAUAA